AUGCUCACUUUAGUCCACAUUCUCGCAUCUCCGAAAAGCGGCUACAUCAACUUGUUAAUCGCGCUCAGUUUAGUUAAAAAACAGCUACGUGGCACCCUGACUCAGCUGAGGCUGGUAUGGGCGGGAAUCGUUUUUGCAAAAACAACCCUGGCGGCACGUGAGCGGCACGUGUGGAUGCAAGGCGGCGUCAUAUUUGCAGAGAGGAACCCGCUUUCUCAUUUGGAAGUCCGGCUGUUCAUCUCUCUCCCCUGCUCAUAUCCCCUGUUUCCGGUCGAACAGAGGGUGGGCGACGGCGGCACCCAGUCCGGCCAUCGUCGGCAUAGAUGCCACCCGUGCUUCGAGAUCGCGGCGGAGACCCUCCUGACUACGAAACUUCAGAAAUCAGUGGAUUUUGCAAAAUCUUGUACUGCUUACCCUUCUGGCAGUAAGGUCUUUCAGAGCCUUAAAUUCUAUGUGAAAGCAUAUGGUCGUAGCAUUUGGCCUGUGAGAGACAAGAAGUUCUGGAAGAAAACCAAUAACAUCCAUGUUCAUGCACCAGCAGUAAAAGUAAAGAAAGGCAGGAAGCAGAAGAACAGGAGAUUGGCCCCAAAAGAAAUUGAGGAUGGUACAAGACUGAGCAGACAUGGAACCGUCAUUCAUUGUGGUCAUUGUGGUGUGCCGGGGCACAACAGAGGAGGUUGUCCUGAUCUUAAACCAAAUGGUAAAAGAAAAAGAGUUGCAGAAGAGGAUGAAUUUACUGUAGAUGAUGUCCAGUACAUAAAUGUUGAAGCAACUGAAGGUGACAUUGCAAAUAAUCCAGUAAAUGUGGAUGAAGAUACUCUUCUGUCAAACAUGAUGGAUCAAUUUGAAGCAAGGAGAAGAUGUGAGAUACAACAUCAUCCUAUGCCUCAGGAGUCACAAUUUGUUGCUGCCCAUAGAGAACAAUUGCCAGAACAAAGGAGAGUAACCACUGCAACAGCUAGAGGAAUGUCACUUGGACUUAGAAGGGGUAAAUCAACUAGGGGUGGAAACACAGGAAAUGCAAGUUCUCAAGCAGGAGGGAGAGGAGCUACUCCUAUUGGGAGAGGUGCAGUUUCAGAUAGGGGAAGGGAAGCUAGUACUGUUGGGAGAGGUGCAGUUUCAGAUAGGGGAAGGGGAAGAGGAGCUACUCCUAUUGGGAGAGGUGCAGUUUCAGAUAGGGGAAGGGGAAGAGGAGCUACUCCUAUUGGGAGAGGUUUCUUGUCAAACAGGGGAAGAGGAUCUACAGGAAGGGGGAGAGGCUACACCAACACAGCCCUUUGGAAUCUGUGCUUUGGCAGGGGAGGCCACACUCACCAACAACAUGUCCAGGAUGAACAUGGUGGCACCCAGCAGUCCCAGGUCAUUGAUUAGGUUAGUUUGAUGUGUGAAGCACACCUUUUGUAAUAUGCAGCAGUCCCAUUUUGGUUUCAAGCAGAUCUUGUUAAGAUCAUUGUGCCAGACAAGUGUAAAUGAUCUUAAAAAGAUCAGUUUUCAUGCCAGGAUGUGUAAACCUAUUUAUCACUGUUGGAAACUUAAUGCCAGAAGUCUGAACCUGUUUAUUAUUGUCAA